AAAUACUUGAAUCAAGAAAAAAAAAAAUAAAUAAAGCAAUAGCCAGUAAAACUUUAAAACAUAUGGUGGAAUUUGAAAUAAAAAAACAAAUACCAAUUAAAAAUGAGAUUUCAAUACCAUAUCAUUAUUGGAAAAUUGAAAAUUUUGAGUGUUUAUCAAAUUUAAAAAUAUUUAAUAUAAUCCCUGAAGUUUUGUUUGAUGCAUUCCUCAACUUCAGUGAUAAUUAUUUGUUCACCGAGGAACAUAACAAUAAAAUUCAUGCCAUUUUAAAUAAUUUUAAUAUGUUAAAUUUGACAUAUACUGAAGAGAAGCAGAAUACUGAUUUUGGAAAAAUGUUACAUGGCACAUUAGAACAAAUGAUAAUAUGUUCUAAAUUUAACAUUGUAUAUAAAUAUAUCGACAGUUUUAUAACAACUAACAAGUUCACAGAAAAUGCAUACGUCGGAAAUAAAUAUUUAUACCUCAAUUUUCUAUGCAUGGUCCAUAAAUUGGAGAAAUUAAGAACAAAUUUGUAUUUCGACAUGGAAAUGAUUGUAACGAAAUUAACCCAAAUAGAAUAUAUGAGUAUUGAUAUGGGGAUGUACUCAAAAUAUUUUAUUUUUGAAAACCAUGAAAAGUUUUCAAAUUUAGAAAUAAUAAUUAUUGGAACAUAUAGCUGGUUGGAGAAAAAUAAAUACGCAAAAUUCUUAACUAUGAAAUGCUUGAUUAACUAUGUACUUAAUUUUUCAAAAAUUUUACAUAUACAUCUUAAUAAAUUAACAAGUUCCACAUUCAUAAAAAAAGCUGUAUCAUCACUAGAAGAAAAACAAAUAAUUCUCUGUUCUCGAUCAUCUCCUAAAAAUCCAUACAAAUAUUACUUAAAUACAAAUUUCAUAGCUUCAAAACAUAAUUUAAACAAAUCAAAAUUGUAUUCUAAUAUCAUUCACAUUUCUCCUUCAAAAUUUCAAUUUUAUAUUUCCCACAUUCUCAUCCCCAUAAACUCUAUUGACAACUAUAUUUUAAAAAAACAAUUUAAUCUACUUCACAAAAACUUUUUUUAUUCUUCAAGAACAUCUUAACACAAACGUACAAAAUUUUUUUUCUGAUUUCCAAAAUAAUCUUCAGUCUUACAAAAAUAAAAUUCAAGAAAUAAAUAAAUAUAUCAAACAAAACAGCCUAAAGAAAAUUCCAAAUUAUCAAGUAACGACAAUUCUAAAUACUCCGGCGUCGAUUAAAAAAGAAAAAACAUCAUAUUACAGAAGGUUAGAAGGGUAAUGAACAAACAGUAUAUGAAAAACUACAUUUAAAGAAUAUAAUUUUAUAAACAUAAUUGAUAAUUAAAUAAAACACGCUGUAAUCCUGCA